AUGGAUCAUAAUGACCGGUCACAACAGCUUCCAUGCAGCAGUAUCAUCGCCGAACAACCGGACAAAUUCCCUCGGCCGAGUAUCGUCGACUCACACAUAGUCACUUUGUGGGAUCUUACCUCCUGGUGCCAUGAGAUAGCACAAUCGAUUUUUCGAACCUUAUCAAAGGCUCUCGAGCUCCCACAGGAAGUCGCGCUGGAGACCUUGCACAAUCCCACCGCUUCACACGACAUUAUUCGCCUCUUGCGAUAUGAGAAAAACACGUCCCCCGAUGCACUUCGCGUGCCCCAAGCUGCCCAUACCGACCUGGGUUCCCUGACAUUCUUGUUCACGGACAGUCCCGGAUUACAGACGCGUGCGCGGGACGGCAACGAGUGGGAAUACGUCAUACCCAAGGAGAACUGCGCGAUAGUCAAUCUGGGCGAUGCAAUGAGCAUGUGGACGGAAGGGGCUUUGCAGAGUGUUCUCCACCGGGUGGCAUCCAUGCCGGGACAGGGAAUGAACGAGCGCUACAGCUUUGCUCUACUGAUGAGACCGACUAAUACGGCUCCUAUGUGCUCUUUGCUACAUGACGCGGUGCCGGAUGGGCAGCUUCGUUGCGAAGAGUGGAUCAGUGCCAAGUUCAAGGCCUUGAGGGGGAAGAAUGACGGUGAUUCCGUUCGUUCUAUGUGUCGUGACGCGGACAUCAGGGCUGGUCGACUUGCAACGGUGUAA